UUAGAAAGAAAUGGAAUUUGAGAUGGCAAAUCAGUUACAUUCAGCAAAUUAAUUUCCCCCAUUUACUACCUUGUUAUAUAUGAUAUAAUCCACAACAAUGGUCUUUCCGGCCUUUUUGGUUUCUGCUGCUUUUCUGUUGUUUUCUCCUUUCUUCAUCUGCCCUUCUCAUGGGAUCACUCAAGAUAUCUUGGCUACCAUAUGCUCCCAAACUCAGAAUCAGGAAUACUGCAUAGGGCUAUUACAGAGUGAUCCGCGCACAAGCUCUGCAGGCAUAUCCUUACUCUCACUGAUAUCCCUAGAGCUGGCAAUCCAUCAGGCUCAUGAAAAUUACCAGACUUUCGUGCAAUACAAAAAAAACAGCACUUGGAAGGGGUCGAGUGAUUCUUUUGGAAACUGUGGAACGUCUUACCAAGAUAUGAAGGACAAACUCCAAUCAGAUCAUCAGUUGUCACAGCAGAAGCAGUUUGAGAAGAUCACUAACCUGGGUGGAGUAACUACUCUUGCUUACAACUGUGAUAACGGGUUGCCUUUUAGCCCCCCAACAGCUUCCAUCACUGAGGAUAUGCUUCUUACCCUCCAGACUGCAAUUUAUGUCAAUGAAUAUAUUCAAUCAACUCUAGGGCCCAAUGUUUAAUCUACUGUUUUUUAAAGUUUUAAAAAUGAAUCCUGGGUUUGUUUCUUGUUUGUUAGCUACUUAUGUUCAAAUCUGAUGCCUUUAGAAACUUAUGUUCAAAUCUGAUUUCUCUAAGUUUCCAACAGAAAGAUGCACCAUUGCCAUAUGACUAAGAAAACUAGAAGCAACUAGUGGGAAGUCAGACUGAAAUGUGCUAUAUAAAUUGGCUCUGAUGUAAAGCGUUUGUAGUCAUCAAUUCUUCUCAAAUGUUAUGUCCAAAACAAGUACCAGUUGUGGUAUUCUCUGACAAAAUGUACUCUAAUGAAUAUGUUGAACGUGUAUAGAUUGUGGUAUUGUCAGACAAAUCAAUUUCAUAUCCUAAUGAAUGUCCUAAAAUGAAUGGGGAAAAAAAAUCUUGGAACAUGAUUACCAAAGUGCAGUACAGAUGUUAGUUUGGUCUUUGCCUAUGUCUUGGGCUUCUUCAAUUUUCUUGCACUUUUCUUCAGACCAGCUACAUUUCUCAUGUUUCCUUCAUCUGCAUCAUCAGGUUUU